AAGGCUAUUGUAAUUAUGUGCUAACUACAAUUACUACUGAAUUUUUCACUGGAAUCAUGGAAGAGAAACAGAUUAUAUUGGCUAAUCAAGAUGGUGGGACAAUGACAGGAGCAGCACCUACCUUCUUUGUCAUCCUAAAACAGCCUGGAAAUGGCAAAACUGAUCAAGGAAUUUUGGUUACUAAUCAAGAUGCCUGUACUUUGGCUAAUAAAGUGCCAUCACCAGGAAAAUCUAAAGGCAAGAUUUGCCUUCCAGCUGAUUGUACUGUGGGAAGAAUCACUGUUACCCUUGAUAACAAUAGUAUGUGGAAUGAGUUCCAUAAUAGAAGCACAGAAAUGAUUCUGACCAAGCAGGGAAGGCGCAUGUUUCCUUAUUGUCGCUACUGGAUAACAGGUUUAGAUUCAAAUUUAAAAUACAUUCUUGUCAUGGAUAUCUCUCCUGUGGAUAACCAUCGUUAUAAGUGGAAUGGACGUUGGUGGGAACCCAGUGGGAAAGCUGAACCUCAUAUUUUGGGGAGAGUUUUCAUUCAUCCAGAAUCCCCUUCCACAGGUCAUUAUUGGAUGCAUCAACCAGUAUCUUUCUAUAAACUUAAACUUACCAACAAUACAUUGGACCAAGAAGGGCAUAUUAUCUUGCACUCUAUGCAUCGUUAUAUGCCAAGGCUUCAUUUGGUGCCUGCAGAAAAGGCUACAGAAGUGAUACAAUUAAAUGGUCCUGGUGUCCACACUUUUACCUUCCCACAGACAGAAUUCUUUGCAGUAACAGCUUAUCAGAACAUUCAGAUUACUCAGUUGAAAAUAGAUUAUAAUCCAUUUGCCAAAGGUUUUCGGGAUGAUGGUCUGAAUAGUAAGCCCCAAAGAGAUGGAAAACAAAAGAACAAUUCUGACCAAGAAGGAAAUAGUGUUCCUAGUUCUCCUGGUCAUCGGGUUCAUCUUAAAGAAGGUGAGGGGUCAGAGAUACCGCGAAGUGAUAUUGAUUCUAUGUCAAGAGGUCAUGAAACAUCAGGCAUAGGUUUGGAACAACCUCCCCUUAAUAUAAAACAAGACAUCCUUGGUUUUAUGGAUACUGAUUCAACACUUGACGUUCCUCAACUAAAGCAAGAGAUUUCUGAAAGUCUUCUUGUCAACAAUUUUGAAGAUGGCUCCCAUAUGGACUCACCAUUAGACCCAAGUGGAAGCUUUAAUGUUGUCGUUAAGGAGGAACCUCUGGAUGAUUAUGACUAUGAACUUGGGGAGUACCCAGAAGGGGUUACUGUGAAACAAGAAGAGACUGAUGAAGAAACAGAUGUGUACUCAAACAGUGAUGAUGAUCCUAUACUGGAGAAACAACUAAAGAGGCACAAUAAAAUUGAUCAUCUAGAAACUGACCAUUCUUCUAAAUGGGUACCAAACAACCCUUUAGGUGUUGCUAAAGCUAAAACAUUCAAAUUAGACACUGCAAAGAUGCCAGUAGUCUGUCUGGAGCCUUGUGCUGUUACCAGAAGCACAGUUAAGGUUUCUGAACUACCUGAUAACAUGCUUUCCACAUCACGGAAGGAUAAGUCUUCUGUGUUGUCAGAAUUAGAAUAUUUGCCUGCAUACAUUGAGAACUCUAGUGGGACUAGCUUCUGUUUAGCUAAGGAAUCAGAAAAUGGUCUUAGAAAACAGUCUCCAGACCUCAGAGUGGCACAAAAAUAUUCCCUACUUAAAGAGCCUCAGUGGAAUUAUCCUGAUGUAUAUAACAGUAUUAGCUCCGAAAGAAUACAUAACAGUACAAGUGGUUUAGCAGGGGACUCGUUUUCAGGAAAAGAGGAAUCGAGCAGAAAACGGACAACUAUGCUUAAGAUUGCAACAACCCCAAAGUCUGUGAAUGCUAAUCAGAAUGCUUCUCCUAAUGGCCCUGGAAAAAGAGGGAGGCCUCGAAAACUGAAACUCUCCAAAGCAGGCAGACCACCUAAAAACAUGGCAAAGUCUUUAACUUUUACAAAGAACACACCUGUAGGCUCUGGAAAUACCUUUCCUGAUGUGAAGCCCGAUCUGGAAGAUGUGGAUGGUGUUCUCUUUGUUUCCUUUGAGUCAAAGGAAGCUUUAGAUGUUCACGCAGUUGAUGGGGCAACAGAAGAACCUACUAGUCUUCAGGCAUCAACCACAAACGAUCCAGGCUGCAGAGCAAAAAUUUCCCACCUGGAAAAAGAACUAAUAGAAGAUCUGAAGUCCUUGAGACACAAGCAAGUGAUACAUCCUGGUCUUCAAGAAGUGGGAUUAAAAUUGAAUUCAGUGGAUCCAACAAUGAGCAUUGAUCUUAAAUAUUUGGGAGUACAACUACCUUUGGCUCCAGCCACUAGUUUUCCUUUUUGGAACCUUACGGGAACCAACCCUGCUUCUCCUGAUGCUGGCUUUCCCUUUGUGUCUAGGACAGGGAAGACCAACGACUUCACCAAGAUCAAGGGAUGGAGGGGCAAAUUUCAUGGUGCUUCUGCAAAUAGAAAUGAAGGUGGAAAUUCAGAAGGUUCACUGAAAAACCGCUCUGCUUUCUGUAGUGAUAAGCUGGAUGAAUACUUGGAAAAUGAAGGCAAGCUUAUGGAAACAAGCAUGGGUUUCUCCUCAAAUGCCCCCACAUCUCCUGUGGUUUACCAACUGCCUACCAAAAGUACCAGCUAUGUACGAACACUUGAUAGUGUCCUAAAGAAGCAAUCUACUAUUUCCCCUUCUACCUCUUACUCUUUGAAGCCUCAUUCUGUGUCCACUGCCUCUCGAAAGGCCAAGUCUCAAAAUAGACAGGCAGCACUCAGUGGCCGAACUAAAUCAUCUUAUAAGUCCAUUUUACCCUAUCCUGUUUCACCAAAGCAGAAACACUCUCAUGCAGCUCCAGGAGAUAAGACUACCAAAAAUCUUUCAAGCACCAUCUUGGAUAAUCAGGUGAAUAACUUCGUUGUGCCAACUUUAGAUGAAAAUGUAUUUCCAAGGCAGAUUAGUUUACGACAGGCACAGCAACAGCAGCAGCAGCAACAGCAGCAGCAGGGAGCCCGCCCCCCAGGCCUGUCUAAAUCUCAGGUGAAGCUGAUGGACCUGGAAGACUGUGCACUCUGGGAAGGAAAACCAAGGACCUAUAUCACUGAAGAGCGUGCUGAUGUUUCCUUGACAACUCUGCUUACUGCUCAAGCAUCUCUUAAAACUAAGCCUAUCCACACGAUCAUAAGGAAACGAGCUCCUCCAUGCAACAACGACUUUUGUCGUCUGGGUUGUGUAUGUUCCAGUCUAGCUUUGGAGAAGCGCCAACCUGCUCAUUGCCAGCGACCAGAUUGCAUGUUUGGCUGCACUUGUUUGAAAAGAAAAGUUGUACUUGUUAAAGGGGGAUCCAAAACUAAGCAUUUCCAAAGGAAGGCUUCACAUCGAGAUCCAGUAUUUUAUGAUCCUCUAGAAGAGGCAAAGGAAGGAGGAGUUGGAGUUAGAGAAGAGGAAGACCAAUCAAAAGAAAAGAAGAAGAGAAAAAAAUUGGAAUACACUAUAUGUGAAACAGAGCCUGAGCGGCCUGUUCGACAUUACCCAUUGUGGGUGAAAGUAGAAGGUGAAGUUGAUCCAGAGCCGGUUUAUAUCCCAACGCCUUCUGUCAUCGAGCCUAUGAAACCAUUAUUGAUGCCUCAGCCAGAAGUACUGCCUGCUGUGAAGGGCAAACUGCUCACUGGAAUUAAACCUACUCGGGCAUACACUCCCAAACCCAAUCCUGUGAUUCGGGAAGAGGACAAAGACCCAGUCUAUUUAUACUUUGAAAGUAUGAUGACUUGUGCCCGAGUUCGAGUAUAUGAACGAAAAAAAGAGGAACAGAGACAACCAUCCCCAUCCCUAUCCCCAUCUCCAUCAUUUCAUCAACAGAGUUCGUACCAGUCUAGUCCUGAGAACCAUAGCACAAAGGAACCUGAUUCUGAACAGCAGCCCAUAUGUGACUUGGAGGAUGAAUCUGAUAAAUCACAAGAAAAGAGCUGGAAGUCUUCCUGCAAUGAAGGGGAAUCCUCUUCUACUUCCUACGUACAUCAGAGGUCACCCGGUGGUCCUACCAAGCUGAUAGAGAUCAUCUCAGAUUGCAACUGGGAAGAAGACCGGAGCAAGAUUUUGAGCAUCUUAUCCCAGCACAUCAAUAGCAACAUGCCACAGUCACUUAAGGUGGGCAGCUUCAUCAUUGAGUUGGCUUCUCAGCGAAAGAGCCGGGGUGAGAAGAACCCUCCUGUUUAUUCUUCUCGUGUGAAAAUUUCUAUGCCAUCAUGUCAAGAUCAAGAUGAUAUGGCUGAGAAAUCUGGAUCAGAGACUCCUGAUGGUUCAUUGUCCCCUGGGAAAGUGGAUGAUACCUCUCCUGUGCAGACAGAUGCCCUGGAUUCAGUGAGGGAGAGAUUACAUGGAGGCAAAGGUCUGCCUUUUUAUGCAGGGCUUUCUCCUGCAGGGAAGCUUGUGGCCUAUAAACGUAAAGCCAGUUCAAGCACAUCUGGGCUUAUCCAGGUAGCAUCCAAUGCCAAGGUGGCUGUAUCCAGGAAACCACGUACCCUGUUGCCUUCAACGUCCAAUUCCAAAAUGGCAUCCUCUGGCACGACAGCACAUCGCUCUGGGAAGAAUCCAAAGGCGUUUGUUCCUGCAAAAAGGCCAAUUGCGGCUCGACCCUCUCCUGGUGGUGUGUUCACACAGUUUGUGAUGAGUAAAGUUGGAGCCUUGCAGCAGAAGAUACCUGGAGUUAGCACACCUCAACCUCUGACAGGGCCACAGAAGUUUAGUAUCAAACCUUCUCCAGUAAUGGUUGUCACACCUGUGGUUUCUUCUGAGCCCGUUCAGGUGUCCAGUUCUGUGACUGCGACUGUCACUACUACCACCCCUCAAGUGUUUGUAGAAAAUGUUACAGCUGUGACAUCAGUGACAGCUGUGUCUGAUGGGGGAGCUAAAGAAACUACUUGUUCUUCUGGUGCAACCAGUACUGGGGUUGUUGAGAUCUCUGACACUUCCAACAUCCCUGUAACAUCUGCCCAGCCUACAGCCACUGUGAACCUUGUCAAAACUACUGGAAUAACUACUCCUGUGGCUUCAGUGGCUAUUACUAAAUCUUUGGUAGCAUCUCCUCCAACCAUAACUCUUCCUGUUGCUUCCACUGCCUCCACCUCCAUAGUCAUGGUGACCACAGCUACAUCUUCCUCCAUGGUGACCACACCAACUUCAUCUCUGGGCUCUGUUCCAGUUAUUCUCUCAGGAAUUAAUGGGAGUCCACCAGUGAGCCAGAGACCAGAAAAUACAACUCAAAUUCCAGUGGCUAAUCCACAGAUCUCUCCUAACCAAGUGAAGCGCACUGGUCCUCGAUUGUUGUUGAUCCCAGUUCAGCAGGGCUCUCCGACCCUUAGACCUGCCCCAAGCCCACAACUUCAGGGACAACGGAUGGUCUUACAGCCUGUUAGGAGUCCAAGUGGAAUGAACUUAUUCAGGCACCCCAAUGGGCAGAUUGUCCAGCUCCUUCCUUUGCAUCAGAUUCGAGGCUCUAACACCCAGCCCAACUUACAACCUGUCAUGUUUCGCAACCCAGGGUCUGUGAUGGGAAUCCGGUUACCAGCUCCUUCCAAACCUUCUGAGACUCCAUCAUCUUCCGCUUCAUCCUCUGCUUUCUCUGUCAUGAGUCCUGUAAUUCAGGCUGUUGGAUCUCCUCCAGCAGUGAAUGUUAUCACUCAGGCCCCAUCAUUGCUUUCCUCUGGACCGGGCUUUGUCUCUCAGGCUGGUACAUUGACCCUGAGGAUUUCUCCUCCUGAACCACAAAGCUUUGCAAAUAAAACCAGCUCCGAAACCAAAAUUACCUAUAGCUCAGGAGGGCAGCCUGUUGGUACAGCCAGUCUUAUUCCCCUCCAGUCUGGUAGUUUUGCCUUAUUGCAGCUGCCAGGGCAAAAGCCUGUUCCUAAUUCCGUUCUUCAGCAUGUUGCUUCCCUUCAGAUAAAGAAGGAAUCCCAGAAUGCAGAUGAGAAAAGUGAAACAGACUCUACAAAGCAGGAAACUCAGCAGGCACUGCAUUCAAAAGGAGAAGCUCUAGACCCUGAGGCUAAUAUAAUUAAGCAAAACUCAGGAACUCUUACCUCAGAAGAAACCCUGAAUCAUUCUUUGGAAGAUGGGGGGGAUCCCUUGGAUGAAACGUCUCUUACAGAAGAUGAUUCUGCAACUGUGAAACCUGACCACUCCUGUGUUACUGAGUUCCAAACUGGCAAAGACUCUGUAGAUAAUCAUGAAGAAUGUGGGGCUAGAAAUAACAGUUCCAAAGAAAAUCAGAGUGCCCUGAAAGUUAAGACUAUUUCUGAAAAUAACAGUAAUACAACAGCCCAAAAUGUAAGUAAAGUGCAGCUUCAGAGACUUGGUGAUGUGACAGUGCAACAGCAAAAAGAAUCAGACAAUUCAGAGGAAAAGCCAAGUAGGUGUCUUGUCAUCUCUAAGGAAGAAGGUAAACUGGAAUUGCCAGGGAGCAAAGUUACAGAGCCGCAGUCUGAUAUGCAUCUGGAGUCCAAGAAGGAAUGUGGAGAUGCUCUGGGGAAGGACAGUAUUAGGGAGAGAUGGCGCAAACAUCUGAAGGGCCCCUUAACCCGGAAAUGUAUUGGAGCAUCUCAAGAAUGUAAGAAGGAGGCAAGCAAGCAGUUAAUUAGAGAAAAAGAGAGAUGUAAAGAAAAUUCAGACACAUUUCAAGAAGAACAGGACAUCUUUGAUGUACUUGGAGAAAGUGGAACAGCUGACGGUGACAGAGUUUUAAAAACUGACUGUGAUUCUUGGAGUAGGAUUUCUAGUCCUACAGCCUUCUCUGUUGUUCCUAGGAGGGCUACGAAAGGAAGCAGAGGGAAUGGCCAUCUUCAGGGUCAUUUACUACUAACAGGAGAACGCAUACAAUCUAAGCAAGAAAAGGAUGGGAGAGCCAGUGCUGACUUCACUGUUUUGGAUAUGGAAGAGGAAGAUGAGGAAGAUGAGAAUGAGAAAACCGAUGAUUCUGUUGAUGACAUUGUGGAUGUUGUUUCUGGCUACCAGAGUGAGGAGGUUGAUGAUGUAGAAAAGAAUAACUGUAUAGAAUACAUUGAGGAUGACGAGGAGCAGGUGGAUGUUGAGACCAUAGACGAGCUCACAGUGGAAAUUGAUGUUGCCAACAAGAAGACAACAGCAGUGCACACACAGUCAUUCAAACAGCCGUGUCGUACUCCUGUCUCUACAGAGGAAAAGGCUGCUGAAAAAACCCGAAAGGCUACAUCUGUACAUCCAAAACUGAAACAAGAUUACUGGAGUGAUAAGCCUCAUAAAGAAACAGAAGCUUUUGCUUACUAUCGCCGGACACACACUGCCAACGAGCGGCGGCGGCGUGGGGAAAUGAGGGAUCUCUUUGAAAAGUUGAAGAUCACAUUGGGAUUACUUCAUUCUUCCAAGGUUUCAAAAAGCCUCAUUCUUACUCGGGCUUUCAGUGAAAUUCAGGGACUAACAGAUCAAGCAGAUAAAUUGAUAGGACAGAAGAAUCUCCUGAGUCGGAAACGGAAUAUUUUGAUUCGGAAGGUAUCAUCUCUUUCAGGUAAGACAGAAGAAGUUGUCUUGAAGAAACUAGAGUAUAUUUAUGCAAAACAACAAGCACUGGAGGCACAAAAAAGAAAAAAGAAGAUGGGAUCAGAUGAGUUUGAUGUGUCUCCUAGAACUAGCAAACAGCAGGAAGGAUCUUCUACAUCAUCUGUAGAUGUCGAACAGAUGUUUAUAAAUAACAGGAGGGGGAAACCUUUGAUUCUUUCCAGAAAAAGAGAUCAGGCCACAGAAAACACCUCACCCUCUAAUACUCCACACUCUUCUGCUAACCUUGUGAUGACUCCACAAGGCCAGUUGCUCACCUUAAAAGGGCCUCUAUUCUCAGGACCAGUGGUAACUAUUUCUCCUCUUUUAGAAGCGGAUUUGAAAUCUGAAGUCAGCAGCACUCUGGCUCAAUCAGAAAAUGAUGACUUAUUUAUGAUGCCCCGAAUUGUUAAUGUGACAUCAUUGGCUACAGAAGAUGAUAUCGUAGACAUUGCAGGCAGCAAAUACCCUCAUGAAGUUCCGGAUGGCAAGCCACCUGACCACCUGAGAGACACCAUCAGGAAUGAAGAUAACUCUUUAGGUAGAAUUUCUUCCAGAGGAAGUCAUAGAGAUGGCAGGGUGACAUUGGGUCCAACCCAAGUUUUUCAGGCAAAUAAAGAUUCUGGUUUUCCACAAAUAGAUGUUUCUAGUAUGCAGGACACACAUGGGUUCUUACCUAAAAAGACUUCUGGUGAUAUGAGAGGGAUUCGAUAUAGUCGAAAAGAAGGUGAAUUGAAAGGAGAAAGACUAAAGACAAGGGAAUCUCCAUUUCAUAAGUUUAAGAUGAAAGAUCUCAAAGACUCAAGCCUAGAGAUGGAACUGAGGAAAGUUGCUUCAGCUAUAGAGGAAGCAGCUCUGGAUCCUGGUGAACUGCUAAGCAACAUGGAAGAUGAGGAUGACACUGAUGAGACCCUGACUUCAUUGCUCAAUGAGAUUGCCUUUCUUAAUCAGCAACUAAAUGAUGACACUGUUGGCUUGUCUGAACUGCCUGGCUCUAUGGAUACGGACUUCCCAGGGGAUUCUCGACGGACUUUUAUCAGUAAACUUCCUCCUGGAAACAGAACAGCCUUCCAGGUUGGCCACUUGGGACCAGGUUUGAAAGAAAUAACUGAUGUUCAAGGAGAAACUGACUCUAUCAGCCCCCUCCUCUUGCACUUGGAAGAUGAUGACUUUUCUGAGAAUGAAAAACAACUUGUAGAAACAGCGUCUGAGCAAGAUGUCCUUAAGAUUGUCAUUGACUCUGAAGUAAAGGAUUCUUUCCUUUCUCACAGGAAAUCUAGUGAUGGAAGGAAGAGUACUUCUGGCAUCCCUGCAGCACCUGAAAUUGUGAGCUCACCUCCAAUCCUACACAUGAAGACGGGCCUGGAGAAUAGCAACACAGAGACUGUGUGGAGGCCUAUGCCAAAGUUGGCACCUUUAGGUUUAAAAGUAGCCAAUCCUCCCAAUGAUACAGAUGGUCAGAGUCUCAAAGUAAUGCCUUGUUUGGCACCUAUAUCUGCCAAAGUUGGGCACAAAAUAAACUUACCAGGGAGUGACCAGGAAGGCCGGGAGAGCAAGGUGAUGCCUACAUUGGCUCCUGUUGUGGCUAAAUUGGGCAAAUCUGGGGUCUUACCAAGUUCUGCAGGGAAAUGAACUUAUUUGUCCUCAUACAAAUCAGGCUGUGAUGGGAAACGGAAUCCCGUGUUCUUUAUCUGGGCAUCUUUUUAUUGUGUCAUGGAACUAUGGUCUUUGACUUUGAUGAUGUGUAUUGAUGGAGAAAGGGAUAGGGUGCUGAUCUUGGUAUAAGAAAUACUAUGAAAUUCUGAUCAUGCUAAAAUUUGUUACCUCACUUGUGGUGCUGGAUCCUUUCAUCCUCUUUAAGAAGAUGUGAUCCAUUACUAAACAUGAGGUUCCCCUCUUACCCAAGAAAAUCUUAACAAGACUCUGGCUUCACAGUGGUACCCUCAAGAGGAAAAGCUGCUUAGACUGGAAUUGCUAUCUGCUAAACUGUCAUAGUUGUUGGGUUUGGCUAAGGAAUGGACUGGAGGGAAAGAAUCUGGAAGAAGUAGUUUUUAGAUGGUAUUUCAAUAACAGGGAGAUAUAUAGCUCUUAUGUGCAUGGUGGCACAUGCCUGUAAUUCCACUACUUGGGAGGCUGAGACAGGAGGAUCACCAGUUCAAGGGCAGCCUG